AGCAACCCUGUGGUCUUUGCAGGGAACGAGGUGAUCGCGGUGGAUUGGAAGGGCCUGAAGGAUGUCGACCAAAUCAACAUGGACAGCACCAGCUCGCUGCACGGAAGCAGCCUCCACCGGCCUUCCACCGAGCAAACCCGAACUGAUUUCUCCUGGGAUGGCAUCAAUCUCUCCAUGGAGGACACCACUUCCAUUCUUCCGAAGCUUAAGCGAAACUCUAAUGCCUACGGCAUCGGGGCCCUGGCCAAAUCAUCGUUCUCAGGGAUUUCUCGCAGCAUGAAGGACCACGUGACGAAGCCCACAGCCAUGGGGCAAGGCCGAGUGGCUCACAUGAUCGAGUGGCAGGGCUGGGGGAAGGCACCAGCCAUUCAGCCGCAACACAGCCACGAGGCAGUGCGCAGGGAUACUGAUGCCUACUCCGACCUCAGCGAUGGCGAGAAGGAGGCACGUUUCCUGGCAGGUGUCAUGGAGCAGUUUGCCAUCUCCGAGGCCACACUCAUGGCCUGGUCUUCCAUGGAUGGUGAGGACAUGAGCGUCAACUCCGCCCAGGAGCCACUGGGCUGCAACUACAGUGACAACUACCAGGAGCUGAUGGAGAGUCAAGAUGCCCUUGCUCAAGCCCCCAUGGAUGGUUGGCCUCACUCCUAUGUGUCCCAGGGCAUGUACUGUCUGGGGUCAUCGGAUGCCUGGGAAGCCAGCGACCAGUCCCUCAUUGCCUCUCCGGCCACAGGAUCCUAUCUUGGCCCUGCUUUUGAUGACUCGCAGCCUAGCCUGCAUGAAAUGGGGCCUUCCCAACCUGCUUCCGGAUACUCUGCUCAGGAGCCGCCACCUUUGCUGGGGGCAGACACUGACUGGGCUCCGGGGGUGGGUGGCGUGGACCUGGCUAGGGGCCCUGCUGAGGAGGAGAAGAGGCCGUCAGCCCCCGAGGAGGAAGAGGACGCAGGAUGCCGGGACCUGGAGUCACUCUCCCCUCGAGAAGACCCUGAGGUGUCCACUGCUCUCAGCCGGAAGGUGUCUGACGUCACGUCCUCAGGUGUGCAGUCCUUCGAUGAGGAGGAGGGCGAGGCUAACAACUAGCUUCCACCCACCCCACGCCCAGCCUUCCACUCCCAGCUGAGGGGCCUGGCUGCAACAACACCUUCCCUUCCCCCAGCAGCACAGCUGAAACCCGGGCAGAAGACCACGAGGAGCCCAGGAGUUGCCUGUCUUCGCCAGGAACGUGGAGAGCCAGGGUGGGAUUUUACCCAGGCAUAUGCUGUAGAAACCACAGGCCCGGGAACUGAGGCCCAGACGACCAGAUGGCCGUGAACUUUGCUUGGCCGCGGGCUUCCGGGUCUGUGAUGAUGAAGCUCCAGUGUGGCUCCUGAGGACAGGAGCCCAGAGCAGCUUGUGGCCGUCGAUGAGGAUCUCCGUUCUUCACGCUCUGAUUGUCUUCCAGGAGCCUUGACUGUGGCUGUGGGAAUGCCGCCUUUCUCCAUGUCACUCUUGCUUUUCUCGACUCUGUUUUCUCUGGCUGUGGCCCCAGCUCAUCCCCACCAUGAGGAACAGACCUCAGGGGUUAUUGGUAUGGUUUGACGGGCAAAGGGGAAGCCACCGAAAGCCACAUGUCCUCAGAGGGUGGAGUCUGCCCUCAGUGAAAAAUUGGCUUCUGAGAUCAGGAGUCAUGGGGGAGAUGCAUGUGGCAGCUGGGAAUGCAUAGGGACUCAAACGUGAUUCUUUACGUCAAGGCCUGCCCACAGACCAGAAAGUCACUGAUGAGACCGAGAACAAACAUGGCUGCCUGUUCUGGGAUCUGGACUGUCCCAUGGCUGGAAGGAGGACCCAAGGAUCUGGGAAAGGGCCCGGCCGGGGCUGGCUGCUCCAGCUCUUGCUUCCCUUUUCUGCCUUCAGUCUCUUCUCUGGGAGCCCUGGCCCUGAGUGGGUGACACAGGUGUCCUGGCCUAACAGGGAAGCAUGAGGGCUGUGUCUCCCUCCAUCCACCCUCUAAUUCUCUGGAGCUGUUUACACUUUUCUCUUUGCCUUUUCUA